CUGAUUGGCUGAAUUCACGGGUUGUAGAGUCCGGCGAGGUAGCUGUCGAACUGAAGACUGAAGUGAAGAGGAAGUACUUAUUAAAAAGGAAAAUAUUGAAAAUGAUACUUUAACUUUGUAAAGCCGAGCAGAGGGAGAAGGUGAGCAGGCUCCUCUGGUCCCGGUGUGGUCCGGGGAAGGGGACAGCAUCGCCCGCCCGCCUGCACGGAGGCUUCCCGUUAACGUUAAUCCGUGCAGAGUUGGAAGCAGCCAGCCAUGCCAGCCCAACCCCCUGUGGAGCCGGAGGAGGAGAUGGAGGCAGAAGGAGAGUCCCAACUCCCUGAAACCAACGGAGCGGUGGAGCAAUCCAGAAAGGAAGAAAGAGGAGAGGAGACUAUUGAAGAGACCAUGGAGGAGAGCACGGAGGAAAGGGAUAGCGACUUGGAGGAUAGUGAAGAGGAGGAGGAAGAAGAGGAGAGUUCAGAGAUGGAUGAUGAAGACUGUGAGCGCAGGAGAGGAGCAUGUCUAGAUGAGAUGUUGGAUCUGGAAAAACUAUUUCAGGAGCUGAAAGACAAGUUGUUUCGAGAGCGGCAGCACCAGGUGAAAGUGAAGCUGGACGAGGUGCUGACAGGGAAGGCUGGAGAAUACAGAGAACCGCUGGUUUUACUACAGCAGAGCAUGCACAUCCAGACACAAGUAGCCAGAGUGUACAGAGAGCUGUGUCUGCAGGUGAUCAAACACAAGUACGAGUGUGAACAACAAGGAGCAAAGCAGCACCUGGAGAGUGAGCAGAUGUUGCUGUUUGAUGCCAUGAAGACCGAACUGCUGGAGAAGAUAAGAAGACUGGAGGAGGGCCGGCAGACCGUAGACCUUACCUCAGAGUGGAGUGAUGAGAUGGGCAAGAAGUGUAAAAGAAAGAACCUGCUGAGUCGUUCGGGGAGGAAAAAGAAAGCUGCUCUGGUUUCAGGGCCAUUCAUUGUCUACAUGUUGAGAGACAUCGACAUCCUUGAAGACUGGUCCACUAUCAAGAAGGCAAGAGCAGCACUGCCACCACUAAAAAACAAAGUUGAAAAGUGGUGAUAACAGCAGGAUCUAAUUGAAGACCAGUGGCA